CAUUAUAUAUACAUCCGGUUUCUGUUCUUGCCUGUCAUCGCACAUUGUCGAUUUAACACGUCUCAAAAUUGAGUAAUUUCUUAAAAUAAACCGUUCUAGAAGAUCGUCAAAAGCAUCUACACAACAUGUUUGGUUUCGGCAGAGCAGGAUUUGAGAUGGGAAACAAGUUUAAGGAGACAUACAGAUGUUAUUCUGUGUCCAUGAUGGCCACAGAACGAGAUGAUGUGGAGAGAGGAGGGAAAAUCAUGAUGCCACCAUCUGCUUUGGAUAAAUUAACUCGCCUCCAUAUACAGUACCCAAUGCUGUUCAAGCUCAGCAACAAAGGCAAGGCCAGGGAGACACACUGUGGUGUACUGGAGUUUGUUGCAGAUGAAGGCAGGAUCUUCAUACCAUACUGGAUGAUGAAGAACCUAUUACUGACAGAAGGGGACUUGGUAACUGUUGAAAACAUGUCACUCAAAGUUGCCACAUUUGCACGAUUCCAGCCCCAGAGUGUGGACUUCCUUGACAUCACCAAUCCCAAAGCUGUCCUAGAGAACAUGCUGCGAAGUUUUGCUUGUUUGUCAACAGAUGAUAUAAUCUCUAUAAAGUACAAUGAAAGGGAGUACGAGAUGCUCGUGUUGGAGACACGACCUGACAGAGCAGUGUCCAUUAUAGAGUGUGACAUGAACGUAGACUUUGCGCCACCCGUAGGCUACAAGGAGCCAGUACCGAUGAAGAAGCAAGAGGAGGAGGAAAUAGAAGCAGAUAAUGCUAUGGACGUAGCCGAUUGUAUGGAUAAUGCAUUUAGGGCAUUUAGUGGCUCUGGUAACCGACUGGAUGGGAAGAAGAAGGGUAUGGAAAUUGAUAAUCAAAUCACCCCUACAGGCCCCACAAAAAGGGGAAUUCCAAACUACAACUAUAAGAAAGGGAGUCUCACAUUUAUACGGACACAAAGACAGAUACCAACGGAGGGUGAAGAUGAUGGAAAGGGAUUUGAGGCAUUUUCUGGAUCAGGACAAGCUCUACGCAAAAAGGGACGGAAGUGAUGUAUGGACCCCGAGUUUUAUUAACUGCCUGCCAAAUCUACAUGCACAGAGUCCUAAGAAUUUUCCAUCAAACAGCACAGAUGUGAUUCUCUGUGGAUUCCAAAACAUUGAGAACUGUUUGAACAGAUUUAGUCAGGAUGCGCUGCAUAUAGGUUAUUAUUCUUUAAGGAAGCUUUAUGACUUUGACAUGAGAAAGGUUUGUGCCAAUACAACUUCCCCCAGUGUUUGUAUUGAGUUAUUGGACGUACCAAUCACAACCAUUACAAAGUACUGUAGAAAAAGUUAACACUGUGUGAAAAACUAUUAAUGUGAUGGAUGAUUGUUUGAGUGGCCAUAUUUGGUGCAAGAUAUAUGAAGUAUUAAGUUUGAUCCCUACAUGUAUAUGUCUAAGACAACACAGCGUGAAACCAUGGUUUGGAGGUGUGUAACUACAGGAGUGUGUGAGGCAUGCCUUGUUCUGAAUACAGUUGGUCCCUCCUCCGGUCUCCUGAUGCAUUUAAAAACUUCAGUCAAUGAUGAGGUUUGAGUUAGGGAAUCUGAGUACAUGUGUAUUUUAUUUAAAUAUAUUUCAUUUCGUAUUUUUAAAUUUGUUUUCAAAUAUUCUUGAUAUUUUUUAUUCGGCCAGAAUUCAGUGACAGUAAUUACCGGUAAAGAUUUACCUUAUAUUACACAAAACCAUUUAUUUCAGGACAAUCACUUUAGGCCUACAAAAGUAAAUAGUUCUAUGAUAACUACAAGUCCAAAACCAAUUUAAAAAAAGCAAUUUGAAGAAAUCUUUUUUAAGAGAAGAAGUAUUUUUCAAGCAUGAUAAGAAACGUACAAGUUGAAUAGAUUGUAACCACUAAAUUGUGAUGGUGUAUGUAAGUGGAUGGUGUGUUCGAAUGUAUACGUAUGAUCCAGAAAUGGAAGUGCUAAAUUAACCUCAUCUAUUUAUUAUGACAACAUUGUUGAGUAUGUGUUACCUUUGUAAUAAAACAAAAAGGUAAAUAU